AUGGGUCCACGAGUCAAGCGUCGUCGGAUGACAGAUCCGGACGACGAAAGCGAUGACAUCUGCCAGGCUGCUUCGGCUCUAGAGAAAGACAGCUGGAAUGGUUUCUGCGAGAUAGAGUCCGAGCCGGCCUUGUUCAACGUCAUGCUGCGUGAGUUUGGUGUCAAGGGCGUCCAGGUCCAGGAAGUCGUCUCUCUUGACGAAGAGAUGAUGGCCUUUCUCAACAAACCUGUUUAUGGCUUAAUCUUUUUGUUCCGUUGGCGUGAGGAUGACCAUGGCAAACAAGAAGCCAGUUGCCCUGAUGGAAUCUGGUUUGCCAACCAGACCGCAAAUAAUGCCUGUGCCAGUGUGGCAUUACUCAACAUUGUGAACAAUAUUCCAGGCAUUGACCUGGGAGAUAAUCUACAGUCUUUUAAGGAAUUCACCAUGCCUUUUACCCCAGCUCUGCGUGGAGAUGCCAUCAACAACUUUGAAUUUGUCAAGAGAAUUCACAAUUCCUUUGCCCGGAAAAUGGAUAUUCUCAACUCAGAUCUACAGCUCAAGAUCGAAGCUACCGCCAAAAAGAAUCGCUCCAAGGGCCAAGAUGAUGACGAUGAAGAUGCAACCUUCCACUUCAUCGCCUUCAUGCCUGUGAUGGGCCAGCUGUGGAAAUUUGAUGGACUCGAGCGACAGCCUCAAGCACUGGGCAAAUGUUCCGAGGACAACUGGUUAGAAUUGGUCCGGCCUAAUCUGCUUACCCGAAUGGCCGCAUACGAAGAGGAUCAGAUUGAAUUUUCGAUCCUGGGACUCGUGCGUGACCCUUUACCUGACCUCCUCGACUCCAUGGCCAUCAACGUGCGAAGCCUAGAGAUCCUCAGCCAACGUGCUAUGUCCCUGCCACCUCCUGGAGUUGAGGUCUGUUGGGAUGAAUUGAUCCUCGGUCCUGAUCCAUCCUUGUGCCUUACCCGCGAAGGUAUCGAUGCGGCGGAGGUCGCUGACACGGUUCAGGAAUACCAAUCAUGUUCAGCGGCGCAGUUACAGAAGUAUCAGCAGGAGCUGAGUAAGGACCAGCGAGAACUCCGAGCACGCAUUCGGGAGGAACAGCAGUCACACAGGACAGAUGAAGAGUAUGCAGCUGGACGGCGGUUUGACUACAGCCCAGCGGUGCGAACGUGGCUUCGGCUCUUGGCGCGGAAGCAGGAGCUGCAGGAGCUACAAACCGCCCUCGUGGCCAACUGA